AAACAAUCAUCGCACCGCCUGGGUGGCGUUGAUCAUGAGCACAAGAUCAAAGCUUUCUAUCUUUCUGGAGCAAAAGUAAAUGGAUCAAACAAAUACGCAUCAUUGAAGCACUCGAAAAUAAGCUGCAAUCUAUCCGGUGUGCCCAACCACAAGUGUGUUCUCCAUAGUGCCCGAGUAUCCUUUGAAUAUAUACCGGUAGUGUAGCGACAUCUUCAGGUUACUUUCCCAAAUCUUCCCAAUCAAUUGAUCAACAUCGAAAUGAGAGUUCUGGCCAUGAAUGGUUUUCUCCUUCUGAUCCUGCCGACCAUCGUCAUGGCUCACACUCGCUUGGAAUGCCCUCCGUCUCGGUCAGGCGAGACGGGCCAGAAAGCAGGACCCUGUGACGCUCCAGAUGAUCCCUCUCUUCCGGCAUAUCCCCUGAUACCCAAUGCACUCAAUACCAUUACGUGGCUCGAAAGCAUUCCACAUCCUGGGUCUCCUGGACGGUUCGCCCUCAGUUUGGAUGGCCAAGAUGAAGGUUUUGAAUCUUGUCUAUUGCUGGAUCAUGUUCCCCACGAUGAAUACAGUCGACCUGAUUUUCUGAAUCCAUCCACAUGGACACGCAGCAGCAUUACCCUCUUUAUCCCUGACAUUUACUGUGAGAGAUGUCACCUCCAACUCGUGACGGUCAUGUCCGAUGAAGCACAUGGAGUGCGACAGAACACAUCCUGUGUUUAUAACGGAGCCAAAGAAGCUGGCACCGUCUCGGAUCCGACAGUGAGAGCCUGUCCAUUGGUAUAUCACUCGUGUGCUCCCGUUGGUAUCAACGGUAGCAUUCCACGCAACGACAUUCAGGAAUGUCAAACAUCCGAGUUGGAAGAGCAGCUGGAUUGGCCCUUCCAGGAAGAGUACUCUACUUACUUUUACAAGGGCAAUCCUGGCAUCUACAAUCAAGCACGCUUACAAUCGGGCGGCUCGCCCAUUGUCGACUGCAACAGUAUUUCCUACUGUCCACCAGAGGAUUUUUUUCGUGAAACGACGGCAGUACCCGACAAUGCGCGCUACGCCACCUUGGCUGGAUCAUGUGCGGCCAUGGUCGGAAUGGAGGUGGAAGAAUUUGUCUUUAAUCAGUUACCUGACAAGCCAAUGUAUGAUAUGGAAGGAAUGAUCAUGGACAAUCAUCCAGCGCAUUGUGAUUCUGAGGUUUGUCUCUCGGUAGCCGAUUGUUUCACCACCUUGUGUAACAGUAGUGAUGAGAGCCUCAAUUCCACUACAGCAAUGGUCCAGUGUGCGGACCCCAUUGUGACAACCUGCGACCAUUGCUUUCCGGACUCUCCGUGUUCCAGUGCCAUGACGCUAGGCAUUAGCAUUGAUGAGCCAGGCGUUGUUGGUACCAGUCGUGAUGACUCAAAAGCAGACGAUGGGCUGAAAGCAGAGACAAGUGGUGGUGCCGACAAAGUCUCACUGCUGGUAGGCAAUUUGUUUUUGCUGUUUGUAGUGCUAAGGAGUAUCCUGUAGGGCAACACGAGAUCUCAAGCAAAUCGGAAAGCACAAACUCGCCUCUACGCCCGAGGAAAGCAAUGACAAUGCAUGAUGAACUUGUGGCAGGUGCGCUACUAAUGUAGCCGACAAGCAAACAAAAAUCAUAGAACAUCGUGUGAUAGAGUAAUUUAGAGAUGUUUCUCUCGUUAGCAAUUAGGAGGAUGUAGCCACCA